AUGAUCUCCCAGAGGCGCAUUCGGGUUCUCAUCGUGACGACGCUGGCCGUGUUCAUAUUGUACCUGCACUACUCUGGUGAAAGCCAAAGCAUUCAAAACCAGAAAUUCUACCAGUCGACCGUUGCCGCAAUAAACGCGGAGAAGGCGAACGCGGGCAACGCAGAGGCGGGACAUCAUCUACCGAAUACGAACAAGGAACAACCGUCUGAGGCGUAUACUUACGUUGAUGGAGGUGAUGAUAAGCAGGAACCAGCGAUCCCUAAGGCACAACCGGAGGCGAAGGAGCAACCGAAGACACCUGAGGACCAGGAUACCGAGGAGAUUCCUAUUGCGGGUCGGACGAAGAUGACGGUGCUUAAGGGAAAGGACCAGGAUAAUGGUCGCGUCGGGGCUGAGGUUGAGGCUGAAGGCGUACCUACAAAGGACGAGGCCGAGGACGAACAGGAGAAGAAAAAGAAACAGCAAGAACUUGAGGAUGAGCAAGUGAAAGCGAAGGCUGAGUUGAACGGGAUAUUGAAGCGGUCGCCAAUUAUCAUCUUUUCGAAAUCCUAUUGCCCGUUUAGCAAGAAAGCCAAGAAAAUUCUCCUAGAAAAGUACUCAAUUGUACCCGCUCCUUUCGUCGUCGAACUGGACCAGCACCCGCUUGGUUCGCAACUACAGUCGCUUCUAGGAGAGAAUACAGGCCGUCAAACGGUCCCAAACAUCCUAGUGAACGGGAGGAGUAUUGGCGGCGGGGAUGAUAUCGUUGCACUAGACGAUCAUGAAGAACUCGCGUCAAGAUUGAAGAGUCUAGGUAGUAAGUGGCUUCAAGAAGUCAAACGGAAGGAGACCGAUAGCACCGAUUAA